UUGUGCCAUCAAUCUCAGCAUAUUUGAAGAGAAAGCAUUAACAAAGUUACAUAACCCUGGUCGUACUGCCAGGUAGCGUCAAAAGGACAAUGAAAAUUAACAUUUCAACAAGCCUGAUUAUUUUUGUGUUUCGUCGGACUGGCAACUUUUCUUUAUAGCUGUAGACACACACACCACCUCAACAGUGAUGAGUUCAACUCAAACUAAAGGCUAGAUGCUGCUCUUUUGAAUAAAAAAUCCAUGAAUUUCUUCCUUUAUCUCCAUUUUGCAAACAUAGCCUGUUUGGUCACUGUAAGAGGCAGCUCCCAGCGCAUUAUUGAAGUACAUUUAUCCACACACAGAUGGGUUUCAAACAUGCACGCACAAAACCCGACACCUUUAUGCAAAAUGUUUUCGUGCAGCAUCAUCGACACAAAUGUAAGUGGCAGCCGACGCGGAGGCUGCUGGACAGUGUGAGUGGAAAAUCGGAUCUUGUGGGAAGGGUUUGCUGGGCUUGACCCUCGCUGCCUCAGACAAGCGAGUGUGAAAUCCACAUGAAAGGUAAGCAGCUGAUAACACUUUGGUACAAAGGGAAUAUUAUUUCUUUUUCCCAUUUUUUCCCCUUCACUUUUAUCUUUGAACCCUCUCUUGUCUUGUUUCACCUUUUUUGUUGUUGUUGUUCUCCUUUGUCUCUUCGUCUUCAAUAAGACACGUACCAGCCUCUUGAUUCGAAACCAAACUCAACUUUAUUCUUUAUUUAUGAACGCAGCAAGUGAUACUAGCGGAUGAUAGGAAAAGCAUUAUGUUACCAAGUCUCUUUCUUUUUUUCCUCUGCCUUUCUCGGCGCAGGCUGGUCCAUUGAUCGAACUUGCUCAGCUUAGCUGUUAUUUGAAAGCCAAUUGAUUUAUUUAUUGUCAUUUAUACUCUUAGUGUGGAGUACAAUAAAAUGCUGAAAUAGCGCCUUAUUUUGUAUGUUUAUCCAGCAAUUAUGAGCAAAUCACUCAUGCCUAAGGGGUCUGUUGCCAUAGUUACAAUAGGGUUCUAAGCACUAUCAUCUGGUCCUUGCGUCAUCCAAUCAGGUUGGAGAGCCAAAGCUGCAACAUAAAGUAAAGAUGCACAUCUUUCAGCAACACAGUAGUAAGAAACAGAAACAGGUUCAUGAGUAUAAGUAAGUACUCAGGGUGGCAAGUAGGCGACUGCGCCCAGUCAUGGCGGAACACGAAAAUCAGACCCGACGAACUACUCAGCAGGAGAGGCAGAAAGUAAUGGCUAACAGCAACAGCCUGGCAUGGCAACGUCGGCCAGUGACACUGAAACUCCUUCUACCACCUUUGAGAAAGAUGCCUCCUCUGGAGACAGAAAGGGCAGGCAGCAGCGUCUCCACGGCUGCCCCUGCGUGUGGACAUGCGCUUAGGAGAUCCGGAUCCAUGUGCUGGAUAUACAGCAACAUCCCGCAGGAGGAAUUCUUUGGCAGCAGUACUUGUAGAAGUCUGGAUUUAAUUGUGAUCAAAUUUGGGCUUUACUGGGACUGGGUGAAGAGCCGCCGUCAGAAUGAGUGUGAGAGAGAAGAGGUUCCCCGUGGACGUAGGGGGCAGCUUUACUGAGGACGCUCCGAGGCCCCCCGUCCCGGGGGAGGAGGGCGAGCUGGUGGCCAGCGAUGUCCGGCAGUACAGCCACAGCUUCUACUCCGCCAAGGCCGAGGGCGUCAAGAGCGAGGGCUCCACCGCCACGCCCACGCCGCGCAGGCCCGACCUGGACCUGGGCUACGAGCCCGAGGGCAGCGCCUCGCCCACGCCGCCCUACCUGAAGUGGGCAGAGUCGCUCCACUCGCUCCUGGACGACCAAGAUGGGAUUCACCUCUUCCGCACCUUCCUGAAGCAGGAGGACUGCGCGGACCUGCUGGACUUCUGGUUCGCCUGCAGCGGCUUCCGCAAGCUGGAGACCAGCGAGGGCAACGAAGAGAAGAAGCUGAAGCUGGCCAAGGCCAUCUACAAGAAGUACAUCCUGGACAGCAACGGCAUCGUGUCGCGGCAGAUCAAGCCUGCCACCAAGAGCUUCAUCAAGGACUGCGUGGUGAGGCUGCACAUCGAUCCCGCCAUGUUCGACCAGGCCCAGACUGAGAUCCAGACCAUGAUGGAGGAGAACACCUACCCGGUGUUCCUCAAGUCCGACAUCUAUUUGGAAUACACAAGGACAGGGGGGGAGAGCCCCAAGCUGUACAGUGACCAGAGCUCCGUGUCUGGGAACGGCAAGGUCCUGCCUGGAUAUUUACCCACCUUGAACGAGGACGAGGAAUGGAAAUGCGACCAGGAGCCGGAAGAGCAGCAGGAGAGUGACCCGACCCCGACCAGCCGGCUGACGCAGAAGCUGCUGAUGGAGACGGCCCCCCAGCGGGCCGUCACGAGCCGGCGCUACCAGGACAGCACCGAGUACAGGACGUGGCGGGAGCCCAUCAAUCCUUACUACGUCAACACCGGCUACGCCCUGGCGCCCGCCACCAGCGCCAACGACAGCGAGCAGCAGAGCAUGUCCAGCGACGCCGACACCAUUUCUCUGACGGACAGCAGCGUGGAUGGGAUUCCCCCGUACCGGUUCCGCAAGCAGCAUCGCCGGGAGAUGCAGGAAAGCGCCAAAGCGAACGGCCGUGUGCCACUACCUCACAUUCCUCGCACGUACCGGAUGCCGAAGGACAUUCACGUGGACCCCGAGAAGUUCGCCGCGGAGCUGAUCAGCCGGCUGGAGGGCGUCCUGAGGGAGCGGGAGGCCCAGGAGAAGCUGGAGGAGCGGCUGAAGCGCGUGAGGCUGGAGGAGGAGGGGGAUGACGCGGACGUGUCGACCGCUCCCUCGAUGGCCAGUCACAAGCUGCCGCCGGGACAGCACCCCGCGCACUUCAACGGGCGCUACCCGGACAUGACCUACAACGGCAUCCAGCUGCGGGACGCCCACGAGGAGAACCCCGAGUCCAUCCUGGACGAGCACGUCCAGCGGGUGAUGAAGACCCCUGGCUGCCAGUCCCCGGGCCCGGGCCGCCACUCCCCGAAGUCCCGCUCUCCGGAGAGCAUGCUCGCGGGCAAGGGGCCCGGGCUGAUGGCGCCCCUGCCCUCGGGGCACUGCAAGCACCUGGGCAAGCCGGCCCUGAAAGCCGACGGAGCCGGCCUGUACCACCACAAGUACGUCCAUCACGUCCACCACCACGGCGCCCUGAGGAACAAAGAGCAGAUCGAGCUGGAGGCCAGCCAGAGGGUGCAGAACAACUUCGUCUGGAACGGAGAGCCUCAUCACUAUGCAACCAAGUCUCGGAACUACGCCGACAGCAUGGGAGUGGCGCCGAGCCCGAUGGACGCUCUGGGCCACGGGAGUAAAGGCAGCACGCUCUCGAAACGCAUCUCCAAGAAGGGGGAGUCGGGCAAGGGUGACGACGGCCGGAACUUCGAAGUCCAGGUGCCUCCGGAGGAGCUGGAGAGGAACCAGAAGAUCAUCCAGUGGAUGAUGGAGGGAGAGAAGGAAGCCGGGCGCCACAAGAAAACUGCCUAUGGGAAUGCGGCAGGGGCUAAGAAACCCCCCAGCCACGAGGCGCCCAGGCCCAGCUCGAUCGAGCGGCCCGGCGCCGUGCACCCCUGGGUGACCGCGCAGCUGCGCAACAGCGUGCAGCCCUCCCACCCCUUCAUCCAGGACCCCACCAUGCCCCCCAACCCCGCGCCCAACCCGCUCACCCAGCUGGAGGAGGCCCGCCGGCGGCUGGAGGAGGAGAAGAAGAAAGCUGGGACGCUGCAGGCAAAGCAGAGGCAUAAAACCCAGAAGAAGCAUCCGUGUGAAAAUAUUGUUGUGGCAUACUACUUUUGUGGAGAGCCAAUCCCCUAUCGAACAUCUGUCAAAGGGAGGAUCGUCACUUUGGGACAGUUCAAGGAACUGCUUACCAAGAAAGGGAGCUACAGGUAUUACUUCAAGAAGGUGAGCGAUGAGUUCGACUGCGGGGUGGUGUUCGAGGAGAUCCGCGAGGAUGACGCCAUUCUGCCCAUCUUCGAGGAGAAGAUCAUCGGGAAGGUGGAGAAGAUCGACUGAACGGGCGUGAUGGAGCAGCUGUGUGAGAAUACAGAGCUCAGCUAAAGGGAACAGUCCUGAGGGGCAGCCUUUCAUGGUACAGGAAAUGUCUUUGUCUGCUGGAGGAGCAUUCUAGAGGAAUGAGGGUCACUGUGGGAGAUCUAAUAUUGACUUAAAGGCUUCCACUUCUGCACAGAAGUUUCCCCCAGCUGCUCAGUGCCAGAAGAAUAAAAUGGUGCUUUAACAGCAGAAACUGCAUCUCACAGGACAAAAAGGAACUGAUGCAGCAUUAUUGUUUCUUUGUUAUAUUUUUAACUCUAAGUGUAAUGUAGCAUUGUAAAGUUGUACUAGAAAUUGUACUAUGAAUCUGUUUAUUAAAGUUGCAUAUUUUUGAUAACGUAAUAGAAGGAACGUAGCCUUUCUAAUGUAACAAUGCUCUUGUAAUUUUGAUAUGUACAGGUACUUCUGAAUUUACCAGAUGUGUACAGGCCAUCUGUUUAAAAUAAUUUUUAAAUAUUUAAAAAAGCUUGUUAUAAUUAGAUUAAUUCAAUUGAUGGUUGCAGUUAAGAACUUUAGCUCCUGUUUCAAAAUAUUCUUGUCUUGGGUUGCUUUUCUCAUAUAUUCUGGAUCUCAUAGCAAGUUAAUUUAACACCUGAAUCCUGGGACUGUCCUUUUAUUAUCAAAUGCUUUAAGUCUCCUAAAUUAGUCCAUGUAGUGAAAUGCAGUAUCCUCUGAGAAAUAUAGCUUAUUUAUAAUGCAUAAAAUCUAGCUUUGUUUACCAGUGCUGUCAAGAUUGGGGGAAAAACUAACUUGCUCUGAACUUCUGCCAUCAUGCCUGUUUGUUCUGUGUGAAGCACCCUUCAACAAACAUCAUUAUCGUGAGAGCUGGUACUAAUAUUCGCUGCAAAAGUUGGUCCUACCUUGAUUUCACAGAGCUGGUGUUAGGUGAUGUGGAUAGACUGUUGGCCUUGCUCUGUCCUGAUGAGCUUCAUUGCAUCUGCAUAUCGAGUGGGAACGGGCCCACGUUUGGCAAAGGUGAGAGCAACAGAGUCCUCGCAGAAAUGGUGGAAGCAUCAGCUGGCCGCUGUUGUGUAAAAACAAAUCUCUCAUAUACAACUUGUAUAUUAAACGCAAAGAGCAAAUAUGAUAUUUAUGUUAAAUAAAGCAAUAUUUAAGAGCAACGUUAAAUUGCUUAGAAACCUUUGUACGUUUUUUCACAGGCUUGCUGUAGCUCCUGGGGGGAGGGAAAGGUGUUGAGGAAAGGCCACUGCUUAUAGUGAAAGAUGGACUUGCGAGCCGAGAGGUUGGGCAGAAGGAAGACGCCGGGGGCAGCGAUGAGCGAAGGGCUUGACAUGGAUGAACGGGAGCACUGACGUAGUCUUGUCAUCCUGUCCUUGGGUUGCCAUUGGACUAUUCCAGUGUUUCCACAUACCUUAAUGCAUUAAGAACUCCUUUAAGUCUUAGCUUUUUCAGUUUAAUUAGGCUAAUACAGGCACCUGGAUCAAAACGAUUUCGAUGAGUCCGAAUGGUCGACCGUUUGCUGGAUCAUAAAACACCAAAGAGCACCGCCUUCACUAAAGUUGUAAAGUGGACUUUUUUUUACUUUGUAUAGCGGGCAGCAAGCCUAGCACAUGGUUCUGCUUUAUUUUUUUCCCUCCCCAUUGGAAGUCAAUUAAAAAAAUCUAAUCCCAACAGUUGCACCUCCUGUUAUGUACUUCUUCUGUCUGAUGUCGUCCUAGAAAAUGGCACACCGAAUCGGGGGCAGAGUCUGAGAAAUCGAACAGGGUUCGGUGAAUGUACGUGCGCCCUGGAGGAGGGAGAUUGCAUCUACGCAAAUGCUGCUUUUGUAGUGAUAUUUUUGUGAUCUUGCGGUUUUAUACACAUUUAACAUCACAGUGAGGGAUCUUGCGAUGCCUCGGAAGAGAUGGUGCUUGUGUUUUGUUCUCUGCUGGUGUGAAUAACUCGUACUGCAGCGGGGGGAAACAAAUUGUACCGAAAUGACAUCGUGAGCAGGCCGGGCCUUCACAGGGGACUAGUGUCAAACUGCUCUUGACGGAAAACCGGAGACUUGUUGAAACGUAUCUGUUUCAUGCCACUGUGUUUCCAGCUUCUUGUAUUGUUUAUAGUCACGCGAUUUGUUCAAUGACAAAAGCUUGAAAUGAGAAUUACAGCGCUCAAACUGUGAAAGCCCCCCUCCUCUCUCCUGCUUCAGUGAGGUAUCAUGUAAAUAGACACGAUGGAGUGCCUUUAUAAUGCAGUCUCUCUUUCCGCCAUGUGAUUCUCAAAUGUCAGAGGUUUUGCUUUCAUCCAGGGAUUCGUUUUGUUUUUAUUUAGCUAAUUUGUGAUGUUUUGCAAGAUUUUAUUUCUUGAAAAAGUGACAUUGCAUUCACUGAAUCUGGAUAUGCCUUUUCUAUGUAAAUAUGUACAUUUUCAUGUAAGUGUCUUCAACAAACAGCACAUCUGGAUACUUAGUACCCAGGUCACACUUCAGUGUGCUGACUUGUACAGUUAUCUUUUAAAAGGUACUUGGACAAUAAAGAUAU